AAAGAUAACAUCUGUUGAAAAAGGUUUAAACUUUGAAGUAAUACAGUGUAGCAGCAAAGUAAAAAUAGUAGUAUAUUAAGGCCUAAUGUGGUGUGACGGGGUGGCUUUUUACUUUUACAUUUGUAACGGGAGUUGGAUAAGCUUAGAUUAUUCGCUCAAACGAUUACAGAUGAAAAGUAAAGGACACUUGCUGGUUGUCUGCUGCUGUUAGUACCGUUUGCUUCACCGAUUUUGAUGCACAUAACACAGCUUCCCCUACACUUGGAUCCUAUCAAGCAAACAGAAAGGUGCGACAAAAGACUAUGGAUUGGAAAUUUGGAUCUACGAGUUAAUGAGUAUCAAUUAUUGAAAAUGGUCCGCGUGUAUGGCAUCAUCGAGAAGUUUGACAUGCUGUUCCACCGCAGCGGGCCAAACGCCGGCCAGCCACGGGGCUUCGCCUUCGUCACGUAUAAGCUGAAGCAAGAUGCUAUCAAUGCUAUGAACUCUUUAAACGGCCAGCUUUUGGGCUCAAAGAGAAUAUGCGUUAAGUUUGCCAAAAACACUUCAGACGACCAAGACAAACCGAAACCGGAGCUUGGCAUAGCAGCGCUAAGUGGAGUCAAACCCGAGUUAAAACUCAGCAAAAAAACUGCUAUCCAGUCCAUUGAAGCCAAACUAAAAAUGAUGGAGAACAUGAAGGCUGGAGACGACUUUGUUAUCAACAAGCUGGCGGCCAACGAAACACCAAUCAUCGCUCAGUAUCAGACUAAACAUCAUCAGGUGCAAAACAAAACUAUCAGUUCUUUUAAACGAAGGCAUCCUUACCAUAAGAAAAGAUGAAUCUGUUACCGCUUAUGUAAUUUAUAAGAUAUAUGAUACAAUCUUAGUUCAUUUGUGUUUAGAAAAUAGUUACAUGUGUACCGAUUUAUUGGCUCAAUUGAAUGCUUGUACGAUUUAUAAUUUUAAGUAAGCUGUUGGUAAUUAAAAUCAAAACGUAAUUUACGAACGUACGAAAAAAUAUUACAUCGAAAUUGGAGCCAUCCUAGUUCAUCAUCAUAUCAACCAACUUCCGGCCCACUACAGGGCAUGAGGCUCUGAAAGUGAAGCUGAGGUCCUAAACACUAGGCUCUCACCACUUCGCCAUCCUACUAAUAUUACUAUCAGCCCCGCCAUCACAUAUCAUAUCUACCAUAACAUUGUAUUAUACAAAUUAAAAUAAAUAUGUAAAAAUUUAAUACAUAGAUAUUAAUUUAAGGUUCUAAAAUCAGGUCAUGCAUGCUAGAAGAAAUGAUAAUGCCGAGUCAAUGAUUCAUCACUAAUUACGGGAUGAAAUAUGGUUUUCACUUAAAUAUUGAUGUUAGUGAGGGUCAACCGUUAUGUAUUUUAUUGCUUGUGUUUACUGAGAUGCAACUUUUUCAACUAUUUCCUCGAAUCUAAUAAUGUUUUACAAUUAGAAUGUAAGAGUGAUUUUCAGAAGUAUUAUAAGCUUUAUUUUAUUAUUAAGUCGACUUCAAUUUUAUGACUACACACUAGAUGAUUGAACCUCUGAUGGUUCAGUUAUUUUGAGUCGCCUCAAAUCGCAAUAUUCUUAAGUUUACUAACUAAAUCACUAAUGCUAUUAACUGUAAGCCGUUUUUAUCUCUUGUUCAAACUAGUAGUGGGCGUUUAUUAUUAGCAUUACUCUAUUAAAUGUUUAAUCUUAACAUAGGCUAAUUGUUUUGUGAGAUUUUUUUAAUACCUUUGGUGUUCAAUAAGCGAAUGUUUUGAUGUUUUCGCAGUAAUUGAUUGUAAUUUUUCCUCAACCACUUAUGUGCUACUUUUAAAGGAUACUGAGUUAACUUUUGUCCAACAAGAAUUGGGACUUUAUUGUAUUAAAAAAAUUAAAAUCUUUUAAUCUUUAAGAUGUUUAUUUUUUAGUAUUAUUUCAUUGUACAAAACGGGUAUAUAAAGUAAAAAUUUCUACGAAUUAUAAAAUAAUAUUGUUUUCCAAACUAUGUUUAGCCUAUCACAAACCUUUCAGGUUGACAAGAUUGUAAACAAACUAUUUUAGUAAAAGAACUUUAUUGCUAGCGACUUAAAAUUCACAAUCGCGUGUGAAACGAAUGUGCAACUGAUUCGCGGAACGCACUUCCAACAUUUCUAGAUAUGUAUUCAAAAAUAGUUUUAAACAUUGCUCCUCAUAAAUAAACUUUUAGAACAAGAUUUUCGCGAAAUUGCAGUUUAUCAGUUUUUACUCUAUUUUUUACGCCAUUACAUUCACGAGACUCUAUUAAAAAUUUAAGCCUUGUUUUAAGUUGGCGAAAGCUAACCCUAUCUGAAUAGUUUUAAAAUAGUUGUGUUUGAAUAUCAUUAUAGUGGCUUGUGUUGUAAUAAUACAUACUGUUGGAAAUAAAAAGAGGAAGUUUAACGAUGUAAUACAAAACCAUGUUUUAAUAAAUAAUUUUUAUUGAGGCAAUUAAGCUUUAUUAUACAGUGGUGCCAA